AUGAGUGUGUAGUAGCAGAAUUAAUUAACUUUAAACUUCAGGAAUAUUGGGAAUAUAUUAAUGAUUUAACAAUGAUUGGUACUUUACUAAAUCCACAAUCUAAAACUAAAACUUUUAUAGAUAUAAAACAGCAACAAGAUUCUGAACAAGUACCUGUCGAGGAUGAAAUU